CCAAACCCCUUUCCCCAAACCGUCGGAAACCUAGCCUCGGCCCUCUCCGGCGGAACUCCGGCGACCUGGACUCUCCGCCAUCCCUCCCCCGGUCAGGUCGGCCAUCCCCACAUGCCGGAGGCCCCGCUUUCCGAGCCACUUCUCGCCUUGGCCUUCCCCGCUGGGUUCUGAUGGGAUGUUCUUCUCGCGUUCACACCUCUGAAGGCUUAUCACUGCCCAGUGCUGCUAGUCAGUUUUUCCUUAAAUCAUGGAUGGCCCAAGUAGAGAUGAUCAUGAAGGAGUGACUGUUGUGGGAUUCGAAGUUCCAAGAUCACCGGAUUCAAGCUACAACAACCCCAUUCCAGGGAAUGAAGAUGAAGCUAGGGAGCCACCAGUGGUUCCACCUCAUUUGCAGCAUUCCUUGCUGCGCUUCCCGCCAAGCCAAGAUGAUUCUAGCAGUCUCCCAUUGCCUCAGAAUGUUAUUCUUAACCACCUCUACAUAGAGAACCGGGAGAGCCCGAGAUCAGUUGUAGCUCUGGGGAUCACCCAUCGUUUCCGUUCAAAAUUUGUUACAGUUGUGCUCUAUAAGCCGGUCCAGAGGUGAAUUUGAUGAUUAUUGGUCAUUCAUGGUUAUUUUAACUUAUGGAGGAAGAUCGACAGCACUCUUGGGUUUUGUGGCCAAACUGCAAUUGCAGAUCCAUUGAUUGCCCAUUAUUUUAGAAUGGAACAAUCGUUAUUCAUUUAGCCUUUUGGGCUUCAGAUGAUGGUGGGGCUAGUUUCUCUGAAGUUCUGUAAGUCUCUACAGAUGCUUUUAUUGAGUUGUUCAUGGGUAUGAACUGAAUCAAUAUUAUUACUGUAGUAUAUGUUUUGUAAUAUAAAUUUGGUCCAACACUCCAACUCGUGUCGUCAAAAGAUUCAGUGCGUGGUCUGCUUUCAAGAGGUACAAUGAUAUAAGCUUUAAUUAGCACCUGUAGCAGU